GAACAAUCCAUUUCUCUUCCAAUUUUUCCAAACGGAUCCGACCCGAUUCACCCCUCACAUGGCCUUAGUUCGUGAUCGCCGACACCUAAAUCUCCGUCUUCCCUUACCGGAACCCUCCGAACGACGUCCUCGUUUCCCCUUACCUCUCCCUCCAUCUUCCGUACCCACCGUCAACUCUACCGCCAGCACCACCACUGCUACAAAUACUACGACGACCACCACUGCUUCUACUACCACUAUCUCCAUUUCGGAACUUGAAAAGCUUAAGGUUCUCGGUCAUGGAAACGGUGGAACUGUGUAUAAAGUCCGUCAUAAGCGGACCUCCGCGAUCUACGCUCUGAAAGUUGUUCACGGUGAUAGUGACCCAGAGAUUCGCCGUCAGAUCCUCCGGGAAAUCUCAAUUCUUCGCCGGACGGAAUCUCCUUACGUUAUCAAGUGUCAUGGAGUUAUUGAUAUGCCCGGCGGGGAUAUCGGUAUUCUUAUGGAGUAUAUGAACGCCGGUACAUUAGAAAAUCUACUUAAAUCACAAUUAACUUUCUCCGAACUCUGUUUAGCGAGAAUCGCUAAGCAAGUGCUUGGUGGAUUAGACUAUUUGCAUAGUCACAAAAUCAUUCACAGAGAUCUAAAACCUUCGAACCUUUUAGUGAAUCGUGAGAUGGAGGUGAAAAUCGCUGAUUUCGGAGUGAGCAAAAUCAUGGGAAGGACUUUGGAUCCUUGCAAUUCAUACGUUGGAACUUGUGCGUAUAUGAGCCCAGAAAGAUUUGAUCCAGACACUUAUGGAGGUAACUACAAUGGUUACGCAGCUGAUAUAUGGAGCUUAGGUCUCACUUUAAUGGAACUGUAUAUGGGCCACUUUCCGUUCCUGCCGCCGGGUCAGCGACCGGAUUGGGCUACUCUGAUGUGCGCUAUAUGCUUCGGUGAACCACCAAGUUUGCCGGAAAAUACGUCGGAAAAAUUCAAUGAUUUCAUGAAGUGUUGCUUACAGAAAGAGUCCAGUAAGAGAUGGAGCGCUCAUCAACUUUUGCAACAUCCGUUUAUACAGAGUAUCGAUUUGAAAUCCACCUAAAAAGGGAAAAAAGCAAGCUAAAAACUGG